UACUGUAACUUCAUACAAACAAUAUAAUCAAUUCGAAGUUUAACAUCAUAAACUUUGAACUGAUUAUCCAUGUACAAGCAAAAGCAACAGUUAAGUAUAUUUAACUUAUGGUAAAAAUAAGGCUCAAUUCAAGCUCCAAAUGAGAUGGUUAACCAUAAAUGUUAGCAUUAUACAUUCAAUAUGUACUGCACACAGCAUGUUAUGGAACUUAAACUGAUACACUAUUUUUACAGUGUAUUAGUUUAAAUGAUACUUAAAUUACUGUACUGUACAUCUGGAGAUUUUUGUAUUGUGCAGAGUUAUUGAAUGUAAUGCUUAUAGAUCAAUUACUCAAUAAAUUAAUUUGGCUGCCGUUGGAUGAUUAAUGAAUUGAAUUAUUCUUUAUUUUCAUGUUAUGUUGAGCAUUAUUUAAUUUCAAUCCAAUAAAGAAAAAAUAUAAAUAUCUAGAAAAUCUUGUUUCUAUGUGCACUUUAUUGUAUUUUAAUGUAUUUACGGGCAUUAUUUUAACACUUUAUUGUGUUUUAAUGUAUUUACUGGUAUUGUUUUAACUAUUUAUAGCCAAUAUGUAGAGAUGGUGCUUACACGAUAGAAUAUCUUUUUAAAAAUGUUCCAAAAAUAACGCUUGUAUCGGUAAUGCAAAUUUUUAAUUCGAAGUUCGAUUUUUCAGUUUUUCUUGAUAAAGGCCAUUGAAUAUGGUCAAAAACGUUUGAAUUUAUCUAUUAAAUUACGGCUGCAUAUGUAAAGGUUUGUUUGAGUGUAUUUAGUUAAGAAAUGCAGUCUCUGACGAGUUAUAUAAAUAUCACAUUAAAUUUAAUAGUGGAAUGAAAAUGAUUUUUGUUGAAUUACAAACAACUAGAAGAGUCAGAAAAUAUUUGAUACAAUAAAUAUAGGCAUCUUAAACCCAAUGCUAAGGUUAUAUCAAAAUUAAUAAGUUCUGGAAGUGAGGAUUGGAUGAAAGUUGGGAUAGUGAGAUUCAGAAUAACCUUUGAAAGCAUUCUUUUAUCAUGCUUAAAUAUAUAAUAUUAAAUAUUAGAAAAAUUGUUAAUGAUAGAAGAGAAUCAUCUUAAUAGACUAUUUUAUCUAUAGAUGUAAAUUUUUAAAUUAUUUUUAAGUCUUUGUGUCUCAAAAUGUACAUCAAUUAUAAUGUAGUAUACAUAUAGGAUAGUUCUAAAGUAGUUGUACUGACUGAAAUAAAUUUUAUAUUUAACUAAAAAAAAAUCCAGUGUGUUUGGUAUUUGAAUUAGAAGAAUUAUGGCUCUUGCAGCUUUUGCGUAUAACAUCUGGAUAUUUUUUCAUAAUGCAUGACUGUUCCACCAUACUUCUGCUUCUACACACUUCAAGUAUCUUCAAAACCUUGAUAUCUAUAAGGCUACUAAGCAAGGAAAUAAGUGAAGAAACUCAAGCUGCAAUCUUCAUACAUCAAGAUAAAUUCAAUAUAUGCAGGGCUAAAGAUGAAUUAAAACAAGCACAGCAAGAAUGGGAUUUUGUUGAAGAUUUGCCAUCUGAAGAACAAAAUGUAUCUUCAAAAUUUGUGACAUACGAAGAAAUAUGGGAAUAUUUUAAGAAGGAAGAUAUGAAAGCAUAUUUAAAAAACAUCAAACCAGUUUGUAAUAGAAAAGGAUUCUCUUUUAUUUUACAUUAUUUAUGUGGCCCAGUUAAAAUGCAUCAAGACUUGAGGGCAGAAAGAAAUCUUAUUUUUGCUAUUGCACAAUGUCCUUUAGAUUGUAAAUUAUCAUUUCAUGCUAACACUUUACAAACAAUAUAUAACAAGUUAACAGGAGUACCUGGAUAUUGCCGGAUAUAUGGAAAUCAUUGGGAAGAAGUUGGAUUUCAAGGUAAUGAUCCAUCAACAGAUACUAGAGGUGUUGGAUUUUUUGGCAUUCUUCAGUUGUUAUAUUUUAUUUUAAAUCCUUCUACUUCAAAGUUAGCUAUGGAUAUUUACAGAUUAUCACAAGAUGAAGUUCAGAAUUUUCCAUUUUGUGUAAUGAGUAUAAACAUGACAAGAAUUGCUAUAGAAGCUUUACGUGAAGAAAUUUUAAAUAAAAUAUGUAAUCAAAGAGGAGAAGUUAUUUCAGUAAUUAAUGAAUUUUAUGCUGGCACUUUUCUCUAUUUAUAUAAUAAAUGGAAAGGAGAAUACAAAACAAUAAUGGAUUCAGGAUUUGUUUUAAAAGGUUACUAUGCUUUAUGUAAUUCAUGAAAUAGUUGAAAUAUAUUUAAUAUAAAUUUAAGUUUAAUAAUUUUUAAUGAUUAAUAAAUUCAUCAUCAAAUACCACAUAAACAAUUUAUGUAUCUUGAAAUCAUCCAUAUAGAUAGUUUAGGUUAUUGUCAUCAUAUGGCAUGUGCUGAAAUAGCUCAUUUGCAUAAU